AAUUGUCAUUGUUCAAGAAUAAUUUCAAUGUAUACCUACUUUGAUUCUUGAUAAAUAUUGCGCAUCGUAUUUUUAUAAAUGGCAUUUUAAAUUAUUUUAAAUUCUAGUCUUCCUUGUAUAUUAAUCCCGUUUAGUACAAGUAAAGUCUUCCACAGAGAUUAAUUAUUUGAAAGUAAAGUGCAUGUCAUUCUGCAUUGUUGUGCGUUGUGAUAAAGUAAACAAAGACUUCCAAGUAGGUAUAUUUAGCACAUAUUUGAGCAUUUGAAAAAUAAUGGAUUCAAAUCUGGAACAUGAGGAUUUGCUUAUAAAGUUGCGUGCAAAAUUGAACGAGGAAAAAAUCAAAUUGUGGGAACCUCCAUACUUAAACAAUGAAGACACCAGCAACACUGAAAGCUUACAGGAACUCGCAAGUAAAUUUUCCCAGUCACUGAAUAUAGACGCAAGUAAAAUCCUUCAAGGUCUUCAAGAACUGCAACAACAUUCUUUAGACAGGCUGAAAGAUAACGAGAAGUACAAGGAGACAGGUCAGGCUACCUUCAGAGUUAGAGUCACUGGUGCAAGUGAACGCCACGCUGAGAUUAAAAUCACAAAACCAUUGUCCGUGACGGGAGAAGAGUUGAUUGACUCAGUUGCUGAGAGCCUCCAUGUUCAAUCAUGCAGAGUGAAAUUAAUACACAGUGGGAAGGUGAUUAAGGCUACCAGCAGUUUGGAGGAGCAGGGUGUCAAAAAUGGUGCCCUAAUGAUGGCUCUGAUUAUGGCUGAAACUCCCGAACAAUUACAAGCGGAAGACAGCCGGUACACAGAGAUGAAGACCACACUGGAGGAUGCCAUGCUGUUGUCGGAACAUGUUGCUGAUGAUGAUGAUGAGGAUGAUUAUAUGAAGUUGGAGGACCAGUCGGGGCGCGAGGUGAAGGUGCCGGCUGCGGAGCGGCGCGCGCUGCUGGUGGGCCUGGCGCUGCACGAGCGCGGCCGCGCCGCCGCCGCCGCCGGCGACCACGCGCUGGCGCUGCUGCUGCUGCUCGAGGCCGACCGACAGUUCGAGAGCUGCGGGUCGGCGACGUUAUCUGCGGUGGACAACUGGGCGGGUCUGCAGCUGGACGUGGUGUGGAGCUACGUGCGGCUGCGGCUUCUGCGCGCCGCACCCGACGCCGCCGUCCGCCUGCAGCGCGCCGCCCACCGCCUGCGACAGGCGUACGGCGACAGCUGCAGCCGAGUACUCGCGCUCAAGGGCAACGCUGAGAACGAGCGCGUGAUGUUCUGCCGGCUGCACCUGCUGCAGGGCGUGGUGGCGUACCACCAGAACCGCCGCGACGACGCCGCCGCCGCGCUCGCACAGGCCCGGCAGCACCUCGACGCCUUGCGGGUGGAUCCUGCAGCGUUGUCGGAGCUGGUGUCUCUGGGGUGGUCGGCGGCGCAGGCGCGGUGGGGUCUGCGGGCGGGGGGCGGGGCGGCGGCGGCGCACGCGCGGCUGGAGGAGCUGCGCGAGUCGCGGCGGCGCGAGCGGGCGGAGCGGCGCGAGCGGCGGCGCCUCGGUGCGUGCGCGGACGGCAGCGCGGUGAGCGGCGCGGCGCUGCGCUCGCUGCUCGACAUGGGCUUCCCCCGCCCCCGCUCCCUCGCCGCGCUCCGCAACGCCAACAACAACGUCACCGACGCCGUGCGGCUCAUACACGACCAUCCCGAGAUGCUGGAGAGCGAGGGGGAGCGGUCGGACGCGGGGAGCUCCAACGAGUCGCUGGUGGAGCCCGACAGCGCGCUCGUCGCAGAGCUGGUGAGCAUGGGGUACGAGGCGGCGACGGCGCGGGACGCCCUGGCGCGCUCGCACAACCGCCUCGACGCCGCCGUCACGCGCCUGCUGCGACACCCGCCGCAAGACGAAUCCGAAAACCCGAGUACCAGCGAAGAGAGUGCCAGGAAGAGACAAAAGAAGGAGAAGAAAAAAAUGAAGAAGGUGCGCGAGGCGUCGCUGGCGCGGCUGCGCGCCGGCAUCACGGGCGACGAGGAGGACUACCUCGGCGCCUCACUCAGCGACGAGGAGCGGCUACUGGCGCACUACUCCGCGCUGCUCUAGCACGCACCGCGCCUGCACUGCGCCCGCACGCCGCAGGGGGCGGGGGGCGGGCGGCGGGGGGCGGCUGCGCGCCGGCAUCACGGGCGGCGAGGAGGACUACCUCGGUGCCUCACUCAGCGACGAGGAGCGGCUACUGGUGCACUACUCCGCGCUGCUCUAGCACGUACCGCGCCUGCACUGCGCCCGCACGCCGCAGUGGACGGGGGGCGGGGCGCGAGCGGUAGGGGGCGGUACCCACCAGUGCGUUCACAGUUACAAUACCUCGGGCUGACAUAAUGUAACAGAAAUAUUAAUUUCCCGUCAGAGUUUCUAUAAGUGGACUCUCUACGAAGUAGACCUCCGCUCCUCUCUGCCUGUUCACCCCUGAAGUAUCAAGUGCAAUAAACGUGUGAUAUAAC